AGUGAAUAAAACUGGAGUUCUGGUUAAAACUGCAAGCUUUUUAAAGUACGAUCAAACGGAACCUGUUUACAAUUACCGUGCUCGCUCUCUUUUGUUUUUUUUUUUUACUCUAAAAGAAUAUAAAAUAUUUUGGAUUUUUAAAAAUGAGUGGCUGUAAUAGCCUCGCUCAGGUGCAAAAACUUGUGGAGCAACUUCGGGUGGAGGCAAGCACGGAGAGAAUUAAGAUCUCUCUCACAGCAGUAGAGCUGGUCCAGUACUGCCAGGACCACAGGCGUAGUGACCCUCUGCUCACCGGAAUUGCAGCCUCCUCCAACCCAUUCAAAGAUAAGAGGUCCUGUGUGCUGCUUUGAGACAACAAAUUACUUCAUUCUCCUGCUUUGUUGAUGUCUAUCUGCGUCUUAAGUGUGUCGUAAGUGCAACAAUUGUAAUGUGCUUGUGCUGCACGGUCAAUUUCAUCUGAAUGCACUGUGAACACUUAGGACUAAUUUUGUUGUCAUUUCAUUAAUUUGGUAGACAAUGAACAGCUUUACAAGUUGAGACAAUAUGCCACAUACAUCUUUCAUGUGAAAGUGUGUCGUGGCAAAAUAAAUAUUUCCGCUGUAUGAACUUCUGCUGUUUUGUUGCAACUUUUGUGAACUUUUCUCCUCCCGCUAUUGUGCCAUUUUGUAAUCAAACCUAGCUAGACCUGUUCCAUUUAGCUAACUUGCAGGUUGCUCCUCUCCAGAGCAGGUGUCUACUCCCCCAUAGAUACGUAUUGUACUACUGUACGUACUGUAUGUACUUUCUGAUCCUGAUUAUAUAUGCCUGUAUGUUUCUUUGUUCCUCACACAGACAGCAGAAUGUUUCUCCCUCUCAGACAGUGGUUCUCAUUAUGCCCCCAUUGGGGGACAGAAAUGUUUUCGCCCCCCUGCACCCGAUUGGAAAUACUAUUGACAAAAUGAUAUUUAUUUAUCUAGACUGAAUUCGAAACUGAAACCAGCAAAAUGCAGCAAAAUAGAAGUGAAGCAUCCAAGCAUAUUCCAGAACUGCAUGCUGAGUAUGACAAAUUCAUACAUGUUGGCAGGUCUACACUAAUACUGAAAGUCCUCCCUGCCUCUCACAAUUCCCCGACAGUUGACCACGCCCCACUA